AUGGCCAUGGAAAGUCAAGAAAGCCCGGCUCUUCAUGGUCUAAGAUGUUCAUUUUUUGCUGUAUCUAACUCGUAUGAUUGUGAACUAAUGAAAAAAAUAUCCAGGUGAUGUAAGUGUGGUACCCUUGCACCAGUGCACGAAGGAUGUGAGACGGCAUUUGAAAGGUUUGCACACUGCAGUUUCUACUGUGCAUUCUGAAUGGGAACUGAUUGCCCUUCGGUCAGGACAUUUCGACUUGCAAAGCCCUUUGUUGAGAGAAAAGACAAUAUGCCCUUACCAUCGCUAUAGAUUGGGUUUGUGUUGGACGUCCCCCAGGAAGUGCCAGCACCCUCUUCACCGAUUAUCCUCAACGAGGAAAACGUACCGCGGUGUCGGUAGUGUAACUUCCAGGGAAGUCUACGAAACAUGGAACGUGCUGUUGCCGGUUGGGUCAGGGAUUUGUAGAGAUUGCAUACAGCAACACAAUGAAGAAAAGAAGGGUUCCCUUAGCUCCCAGGCCCAGACAUUUCUAGAGCCUCUCCCUUCAACAUCAACUGGUAGGCACACUGUGCCAGCUCCAUCAAAGGUUGCUACAUGGCAGUGGUAGAAAUUCACUAAGAGGUUAUGGUGGAGAGGUUGUCAUGGCAAGGCGUAACAAAGUUCACUAACUUUGUCUACCAGCAUGAUGGGCUAGAGGUAACCUGUGGUUACAAGAUUGGUACUCCACAGCGCUUUUCCUACAAGACACUGUUGAAGAACAAGAAGGCACAGGACACAACCAAAGUGGCCUUUGCUGUGGAGUAUGCGCGUCCAAAUACCCUUGCUGGUACUCUUGGGCAGUCUGCAGUAACUAUGGCUGUUAGUGUUACCAUUACUUGUUUGGAGCCGACCUGCAGCAAAACCUUCAAAACCCAGGAGGACCUUGAUCUCCAUAUUGCUGCAGGCAAGCAUUCUCUGGAUUUGGUCGACACGAAGUUUGACACAAUUGCUAGGAAGUGGGCCAGUACGGUAUCAGACGUCACAACAACGACGCGUCCCAUGAUGACUGGAGACUCUGAUAUGUCGCCUGCAACCAAUCCUGUUCCUGCUGGAUGGGCGGUGAAGGCUCCACGACAGAGCAAACGAUUUGCUCAACAAGUAAAGGACUUCUUGUUUGAAGAGUUUAUGCGAGGUGCCAACACUGGCAAAAAGGAGAACCCUGGCCUUGUGGCCAAAAAGAUUAAGAACCAAUUUGAGAGGGAUGAUUGGCUGACCACCCAGCAAGUCAGUAGCUAUUUCUCGCGUCUUGCUGCCCAGCAGAAAUGCGGGCGUUUGACGAGAGAGACAGCGGACAAGUACUCCGAGGAUGACCACCAGUUGGCAGCUUCAAUGAUGACGAGGUCCAAGCAGCGUGCUGAGAUCAUUGAACAAAUUGAUUUGUAGACUGGGGAAGAUUACAUGUAUUGAACAAAUUAGAAUAAUAUUUUGGUACGUUUAGGUAUGUGUGAUUAUAAUAAUGCUGGAGAUUGUAUUCACAUGGUUCAUUAUUUACUCGUCCCAGUAUCGCACAUAAGCAUCAUUGUCAAAACUUGUCACUGACUACUAGUAUUCCAGUUACUUAUACCCAAGCCACUUACAUGCACAUAGUUCUCGAAACUUGGAUGUCUUUAUUAUUUCUUUUUGUACAUAAUCAAACUUAGUUUAUUUAUCAUGUCUGUAAUGAGUGCUUGAAGCUUGAAUUGAAUGCCUUUAUUAUUUUGUUUGUACAUAUUUCAAAAACAUUUUCUGUCAUGUCUGCAGUGCCUGAAGUUUGGGUGCCUUUAUUAUUUCAUUUUGUAUGUAUCAAAAAUAUUUUCUGUCGUGUUUUUAGUGCUUGAAGCUUGAAUGCCUUCAUUAUUUCAUUUUGUACAUGGAUAUUGAAAAUAAAAGUCUGUCAUGUCUGUAUAA